AUGCUUGUUACCAAGAUCAUCUUCUGGGCCUUUGCCACCGCAACUGCCUCUGCUCUCCUUACCGUUAAGGAUGUAGCCGCCAAGUUCGGUAUCUCAGAAACCGACAUCAACGAGAUUCUAUCUACGUCCGAUGUCUCAACCAUCAACGUCGACAAAUGGGCUGACUUCCUUGACGUCAGCGUCAAAGACAUCAAGUCUUGGCUACAGUCUGAUAAAGUCGCUGCCCUUGAGGACGUCAAGAAGAACCUCAAAACUUACAUGGAAUCUGACGCCAAGAUUGAGAAGCGUCAGGACAACCGCCAGAAACUGCAGCAGGAAAUCGACUCCAAGAUCGCUCAGUAUCGUUCUGAACAUGAGGAUGACCACAGACGUCGACUGGCUGGCUGUCCCUCUGUUCGCUGUGGUGUCUGCGGCGCUGGGUUGACUGUCGCUUACGUUGCUGCCCUUACUGCCUGUGGAGCUGCUGCUGCUACUGAGGAAGCUAUUUCUGCUGGCACUCUUACGCCUGCGGCUGUUGUUACUCUCGGUGCUUGCGUUUCGGGUGCCCACGCCACAUAUGUUGGUGGCUGGACCUUCUGUCUCGGCAUGAAGGACUAG